UGAUGACAAGUAUUUCGGAGUACUAAGUACUCCUAUUAAGUACAUGGGCUGCUACCUUUGCUAAGUCGCUCAAAAUAAAUAAAAAAUACUACACCACUCCUCCGCUUGCUACGCUGCGUGCUUACAAUAGUCGAUCGAUUCCCGUCGUCAUUGAUCGUGCUUUGGUACGCUAGCCACCAGCAUCUAGUCUAGCCGGCGACGAUGGCGACGCAAGAAAUAGAAAAGGCACCCCACGCCGUCCGCCGCCGGGUCGUCUUGUUCCCGCUGCCGUUCCAGGGCCACCUCAGCCCCAUGCUCCAGCUAGCCGAGCUCCUCCGCGCCCGCGGCCUGGCCGUCACCGUCCUCCACACCGACUUCAACGCGCCCGACCCCGCGCGCCAUCCGGAGCUCGCCUUCGUCUCGAUCCACGAGGCGCUCCCGCACGAGGCCACCUCCCCCGACGCCGACAUCGUCGCGCAGCUCCUGGCCCUCAACAGCGGUUGCGAGGCGCCGUUCCGGGAGGCCCUGGCAUCGCUGCUGCUGCUGCGCGAGGACGUCGCCUGCGUGGUCGUCGACGGGCAGUGGUACGCGGCGCUGGGGGCGGCGGGCGCGCUCGGCGUCCCCGUGCUCGCGCUCCGGACGGACAGCGCCGCCACGUUCGGCAGCUUGCUUGCGUUCCCUCGCCUGCGCGACGCCGGCUACGUCCCGAUCAAAGAGGAGCGACGGGACGACGAGCUCGUGCCGGAGCUGGAGCCGCUCCGCGUGCGCGACCUCAUCCGCAUCGACGGCAGCGACGUGGACGCGCUGCGCGGCUUCAUCGCCCGCGUCGCCGACGCCGUGCGGGCCUCCGCGUCAGGGGUUCUUCUCAACUCGUUCGACGCCAUCGAGGCGCCGGAGCUGGCCAGGAUAGAGAAAGAGCUGUCCUGUCCAGCCUUCGCGGUCGGCCCUCUGCACAGGAUGUGCCCAGGGCCGGCGCCGGCGGAGCACGGCCUGCACGUGCCAGACCGCCGCUGCCUGGCGUGGCUGGACGCGCACCCGCCGCGCUCCGUGCUGUACGUGAGCCUGGGGAGCGUCGCUCGCGUCGACCGCGGCGUGUUCGAGGAAAUGGCGUGGGGACUGGCGGGCAGCGGCGUGCCGUUCCUGUGGGUCGUCCGGCCCGGCUCCGUCCGCGGCGGCGGCGCCGACGAACUACCCAACGGGCUCGACGAGGGAUUCAGGAGCAGGGGGAAGGUGGUGGCAUGGGCGCCACAACUGGAGGUUCUGGCCCACGAGGCCGUCGGCGCAUUCUGGACGCAUUGCGGCUGGAACUCGACGCUGGAGGGCGUGUGCGCCGGCGUGCCGAUGCUCGCGCAGCCGUGCUUCGCGGACCAGACGGUGAACGCGAGGUACGUGACGCACCGGUGGGGCGUCGGGCUGGAGGUGGGGGACGUGAUCGACAGGGCCAGGGUCGCGGCGAGGGUGAGGAUGGUGAUGGCCGGGGAAGAAGGGGAUCGGGCGAGGGAGAGGGCGCGUCAGCUCAAGCUGCAAGCAGACCAGUGUGUGGCUGCUAGUUUCGCCCUCGACAAUCUCGUGCAGUACGUGCUGUCACUGUGAGUCGCCGGCCGGCCGGCUUCUCUACACGAGAUUCUCCCCAUGAAUAAUCAUCUCAUCGGUGGAUGCUAAGAGCGUCUACAACCGUGAUUGCCUAAAUUGAAUACGCCCGCUGGCGAGUCAGCUGUCACUGACCGGACAGCGACUGAAUUGAGCGCUCCACAACUGCAAUUGCCUUAAUUAGAUACACAAACUCAUACUAACCAUGCAACGUACAUAGAUCAGUUACAAAAAGAAGCAAAACAUACGAAA